AUGAGCACGAGUCACUCCUUCACGCUCACUGCUGAUGGCGGCGAUGCGACGAGCCAACUUCUGCCAAGUCCCACCCUGCAAAGCGCAGAAGUCUUCCGACCGCCAGGUAUGCUGCAGUCGAUGACUCACCAUCUCUGUUUGACGUCUAACGAGGGUCUCGCAGAUGACAGGAUGCCAGAUGACACACAGAUAGCAACGGCUCCGCUGCGCCGGUUCGUUAGCCCACGAGAAGAGCUGGACACGACGCCCAAGCCAUCUGGCCGAAUACCACUACCCGUGCCUGGCUCGUAUGCUCUGUCGCCAGUAGAAGGCACGCCGAUGGUGUCGACGUCAGCGAUCAACUCCACUAUCAGCUCAGCUGAACCGAUGUCCGCGGACUCCGGCGGAGCCAGCGGGAGCCCGCGUGAUAGCAUGCCUGGAUCGAGCUCCAACGCCUCACUCACUCUCUUGACGUCGCUGUUCAAGGCCAUCUCUGGCACUAUAGCAGGCGACAAUACAGACGCGAGCAAGGUUGUACCAGGCGAGAGGAGCAGCAUGCAAGCCAAAGAGCGCGCAGUCCGUGCGCCUGGUGCAAGAUCAGAGCAGACUCCACGGGCAUCGCUCGGCGGCAGCACAGGAGGUCAGAGCGUGAGCAGAUCAGUUUCAUCUGCCGAGCACAGCGCAGCGACAACGCCCACCGGCACGUCAGCCAAAGCUCCUGGCUCUCCCUUGCGUGCUCGGAAGCUCUCGUACGGUUUUGGCAGCGCUACGGCGACUCCGCUCAACCGUGAGACCUCUUCAUCUAAUUCGUCGCUUGUCGGAGCGCCUGCUGCUGGCUCGCGAUCACUUUCACAGAGAGGUCAGUCUCGCGGACGACAAUCGUCGGGCGCUUUUUCUGGUUUGCCAAGGAUCAAUAUAGGCACCUGGAAUCGCAACGACGAAGACGUCAAGCUUGCAGAUACUACUACGUCAACGCCUGACACACCUCAGGAGGGCGCUUUGCUCGCUCGCCGGAAGAUGGGCGCCAAUGGUCCGGAUGCGCCGCUAAGCCAGCCGAAUGCCACCACUGGCUUCUUCAAUUUCAAUCUCAAUCUGGGCUCUGCUCUUAACACGUUAGGACUGAGAUCGAUAAGCGCAUCUCCUGUGCGAAGCUAUAGCGGGGGCGACGAUUCUACCCACCGACUAGAUCAACGCGAUCGCAGUGGGCGGAACUCGGGUGCAGACGAUCAGAGCAUUGACAUGGACAUGGAUGAAGCAACGGCCAAUGGAACCACAGCAGAGCACUUCACUCCUAUGGUGACGCCUAUGCCCCAUCAUGACGUCGCUACGCCGGGACCUGGCCAACGCGAGAGGCCAAACGCCACGCGUCAGUCAAGCUAUAUGGACGCUUCUACUCGAUCUGGCCCAGGGCUGCUGACAAGAUUGCCUUCUUCCGCUGGCUUCCAGAGAGCGGAAAAUAAGGCACGCUUAGACCCGGUGACGCUGCACAGUAUUGCGCGCGCAACAAACGAGCGGGAUGCGAUCAAAGCUGUGGAGAUUCGCGAGGUUCGAGAAAGGCAGCUCAGCGAGGAGCAGACGAACGGCGUCGCUGCAGACAAAUCGCGACCGAGCGCGCGUCGGCAAGCGUCUGCUUCAGCGAUUGAUGAGCGACAGCCCUUGUCAACAGCUCUCGAGGAAUCCUCGAGCAUGCCGACGCCGUCGUCAGACGGAGCAGAGCCCCGUGUUCGGCAACACUCGCAAAACACUGUCCGCUCCUCACCGAGAGACGAAGAUGCAGCAAGCAUAGACGGCUCUACCUAUAGUAACACAGCGAAGAAUGCGCGGCCUCGGAAAGCUUCACUCUUAUCUCGUAUCAGCAAAAUUGGUCAGAAGCCAGCGCAGCCCCGCAAAUCGCCUCUUGCGCCCAUCCAAGACGAUCUGAGCGAGAAGGCAAGGCUGUCUGCAGAUUCUUCACCAAGUAAAGGCUCGGAUCGGCCACAUCCUCCUCCUCUGCAGCGUAACAACAGUAGCCACACAAAAACGCGCUAUGUCAAAGUGCGAGCAAAAGGGAAACCGCACCGGGACUUUGCCAAGCUCUUCCUCGCACAAGAGAUCCGUCUGACUCCGCCAAAAUCCGAUACGGAUAGUCCUAUUCCUGCUAGCCCGAUCGACGGCGUUCCUGUCACGCGCAGCAUAAGCGCAGAUCUGCCGAAACCCUCAAUCGGCUCGCAUCGCAAACCUAGCGCUCGCAAGAACGCAGUUUGGACCAUGCAAUUCUCGAAGCACGGGCAUUAUCUCGCAACUGCUGGACAAGACUGCAUCGUCAGGAUCUGGCCUCUGGCUGGCAGCGCGGGCGAUCGAAAUUCCCCUAUAGACGAUUCAGUGUCAAGCGACGGUCUGUCCGCGACAAGCCCUUCGAGCGCAUCUACGCAUAGCUGUCGUCCUCGGUCGAACGGUCCGAUUGCGAACAUGCCUGUCCUUGCAGCCCGGCCAAUGCACGAGUAUCGCGGACAUACUGCUGAUGUCCUUGAUCUAAGCUGGAGCAAGAACGACUUUUUGCUAUCCUCUUCGAUGGACAAGACUGUUCGAUUAUGGCAUAUCUCGCGCAAAGAAUGUCUCUGCGUAUUCCAGCACCUCGAUUUCGUCACCGCCGUCAGAUUCCAUCCAAAGGACGACCGGUUCUAUUUAUCGGGCUCGCUCGACUGCAAGCUACGACUCUGGAACAUACCCGAAAAGCGCAUUCACGCGUGGACAGAGCUACCCGAUCUGAUCACGAGCGUAGCGUUCAGUCACGAUGGCAAAUUGGCAAUGGGCGGCACUUUCGGCGGACGGCUGAUCCUCUUCGAGACCGACAGCUUUCGUUAUCAUGCUUCACUCCAUGUCAAAAGCACGAGAGGCAAGAACGCAAAGGGCCACAAGAUUACCUCCAUCGUCCCUGCACCCAAUUCGGACGACCAUCUCCUCGUGACAUCGAACGAUUCCCGCGUACGACUGUACAGCAUUAUCGAUAACAGCCUCGUCAGCAAAUUUAGAGGGCACGAGAACACUUCUUCGCAGAUUCGCGCUAGUUUCAGCGAUGAUGGCGAGUUCAUCAUCUGUGGCUCAGAGGAUAGACAUGUCUAUAUAUGGAACACUGCGGCUGGCAUGGUGGAGGAAGGCAGUCCUGUCAACUGGCUCAAUCCAGGCAAGCAAAGGAUCGACAAAGGCUCGCUCGAGUACUUCUCUGGCGAGUCAAAUAUCAUGACGUGCUGCAUCUUUGCGCCCGAGAGCACACGGGACCACCUCGCUCAGCUGGGUGAUCCCAUGUUCUCUGACCAGACGGCUUUCCAGCGAACGAGUACUUUCUCACCUGUCUCAUCGCGCGACCCAGACUCUAGCUCCAGCCUGUCGCCAUCGAUGACGCGUUCGAGCACGCAGACGACGCUGAACGGCACGAGCGCGUCCGGUGCCAUCAUCGUCUGUGCAGACGAUUCCACUGGCGUUUUGCGCAUCUAUCGAAAUUCACCCUUGGACAAGUAUACCCUCCUCAACGGCUCCUCACGAAAGGACAGCGGCAGCUUCCACGAGACGCCCAACAAGCUCAAUUCUCGCAGGAGCAGUGCUUCACCCGGCAUCGCCUCUGCCGCACAGUUCACCGAUUCCACUUGA